UAUGCUACAAGCUGCAGUCUCCUCUGUGGAAGAUCAUGGUUAUGUUAUGGAUGUUGGUAUAAGCAAUACCAGAGCAUUCCUACCCAAGAAUGCGUCAAAUUCGGAGUUAGAAUUAGAGACAGGCAUGUUGACGUGGUGUUGUAUAAAAUCUCUAGUUGUAGAGAAUGAGAACAGUGUGUUAACACUUAGCAAUGACCUGGAGGCUCUGCGGGGAGCGGUCCAGCGGCGACACACUGCAGCACUCUACCCCGCUACUGCACUUGAGUUUUCUAUUGACAAGUCUUUAGACAAUGGUAUAGAGGGGCAUGUGUUCCAAGACACAGUGGCAUAUGUACAGCGGCAGCAGGUCGACAAGGUGAAAGGAAAGAAACCUAACUUUGGACAAAAGGUUCGCGCCAGAGUGUUAUACGUUUUACCAACAAGGAACACACCAUUUUUGACAAUGAAGAACAUAUUUGAAUGUACAUAUCCAGAUUUAGAGAAAGAACAGAAGUACAAAACGGGAGACAUCAUUGAGGAAGCUCAGGUGAUAAAGAUAAUGGGCAGGUGUAUAAUGUUCAAGCUGGGGUCUGGAUGUAUCGGCAGUCUCAGUCUGCGCAGGAUACAGGUGGAUGAGGAGCUCACUGACGAGGAUGUUAUUGCAAAGUCAUAUCCCAUCGGCAGUACUCACGUUGUCAGAGUUCUUAUGUACAAUAUGUGCGACUACAUAUACUCGUUGAGUGACGAGGCGUCAGUAUUGUCAGAGAAGAUAUUCACGUUGUCAGACCUGAGUGUUGGUGACAUAGUGCCCGCUACUGUGCGCAAUGUCAAUGAUAACAGACUGAUACUGUCCGUUGGAAGAGUUACUGGUGUUGUUCUGAAGACGCAUAUGUCAGACGCCGGGUGCUACGUGGACCCGAAGAAGGCGAGCACCGCUCAGCUGACGAAGAAGUUCAAGGAGGGACAGCGUGUGAAGGCAAGAGUGUGGGAGUUAGACGUCAAGAGGUCGAUUCUGAAACUGACGUUAAAGCCCAGCCUUCUGACGCCAGACCUGGACGUGCUGCACAGAUACGAGGACGCUGUGGAGGGCAAGACCUACACUGGAGUUAUAGCGUGCGUCCGUGACUACUUGCUGGUGUCGUUCUUCAACGGGUUGCAUUGCUACGUGCCGCGAGCACAUGUCGCCCAGCCCCCGCCCGACACCCUCAGCACGAUAUUCCAUGUUGGACAAAUUGUUAACUGCACCAUUCUAAAUGUGUUACCGGAGACUAAAAAGAUGACUGGAAGUCUCCUCUCUGACCCGUUCAAGUACUGGAAAACUCGGUUGACAACAGAAAAGAGACAAAACACUGAAGAUGGACCGAUAUUAAAAAAGAAACUAAAGAAAAGUGAAUCACAGGAAGAAAAUACAAUUGAUAAGAAAGAAAAGAAAAACGAAUCUACAGAACAUGAAGUCAUGGCAGAAAAUGUAGAAGAUAAAUCCAAAAUUUCCAAAAAAAAGAAAAACAAGAAGAAAAAUAAAGAAAUAACAGUAGAUGGAGAAAAUGUGGAAAAUGAAAAUCUUGAAAAUGAAAGCAAGGAAUCAAAUAAUAUGGAAGAUAGCACAACAGAGAAAAAGACGGGUAAAAAGAAAAAAGAAUCAGAAAAUGUUGAAACAGAAGAUGACUUUUUGGAUCUGGAUGAAAUUUUCACAAAACACGAACUUAUGGACGUAGACGAGGAUGUUGACUCAAACAAAGAGAAAGCUAAAAAACGAAAGAAAAACAACAAAGACAAACAGGAACUAACAAAAGAAUCUAAAAGUAAAACAAAUAAAAAAAAUAAAACAGUCGAAAUACAAACGGAUUCAGAUGAAGAGGAAGUUCCAGAUAAAAAGAUAAGGAAAUCUGUUUCACCAGAUAAAGAUAAGACAACAGAAGAAAGUGACGCGAUAGAAACUGAUAUAUACGAGGAUAGUGACAACUUGCUGACACCACAAGAUCAGGGUCUCAUGGACCUGUCAGACUGCACCACACCAAAGCAAUACAAACGAAGAAUAAUAUCUUUAUUGAAAGUAAUACAAAGCAAGACACGUCGUAUAGAUAAAAUAGAUGAAAAAAUAGAAGCAUUAGUAAACAGAGGAAUAACAGUUGGUAGCAAAAAGUACCACACCGCCAUGCUCACGGAGAAAUUACUUAUAGAAAAAGGUAUCGAGAAACUUCUAGAAACAUUAAAAGUAGCCCAGGAUAAAUUUAAAGAAUUCAACUUGAAAAAGGAAAAUAAGAAAAAGAAGGAAAAGAAAGAGAAGAAGAUAACAGAUCUUAUUCAGUUUGUUGAUAAGAAAAGUGAGAUUAAAGUAGAUAAGCCGGUACAAAAAGUUCUAGAUAUAAGUAAAAGUGUAAAAGUGCAAAGUGUAGAGCCUGUGUUGGAGGUGCCGAGCGCCAAGGAGUUCUGGUCUGCACCCUCGGAGCCUCCCCAACCACCUCAGGAGCAGGACUCCAGUAGCAGCAGCGAGGAGCAGGAAGAAGAGAAACCUAAGAAAAAGCGUAAGAAGCUCCGUGCGGCAGAGAGAGUGGCGAAAGCACGGGAAGAGGAAGAGAAGAUCAGAUCGCUGGAGAUCGAGCAGGUGGCGGGGGGCGAAGCGCCGCGCUCCGCGGAGCAGUUCGAGCGCGCGCUGCUCGCCAGUCCUGACUGCAGUCAGCUCUGGAUAGCGUACAUGGCAUUCCAUCUACAGGCCACGGAGAUAGAGAAGGCGCGCGGUGUGGGGCGACGUGCGCUGCGCACCAUCUCCUUCCGCGAGGAGCAGGAGAAGCUGAACGUGUGGCUCGCACUGCUCAACCUCGAACACCGCUUCGGCACCAAGGAAUCCCAACAAAAAACAUUAGAAGAGGCGCUCCAGAUGAACGAGAAGUACCAGAUCCACUCCAAACUGCUAGACAUCUACGUAGAGACGGGUAAGGCGAGCGAAGCUGGCGCGCUGGCCGAGCUGAUGCUGCGCAAGUACCGGCGUCAGCUGCAGGCCUACAUCGACGCCGGCAGCGCCUGCUACCAGCUUGGUCUGCUGGAUAAAGCACGACAGAUCAUGCAGAAGGGACUCACCGCUUUAGAGAAGAGAGAACAUGUGUCUCUGCUGGUGCGUUUCGCUCAGCUGGAGCGCGGAUGCGGCGAGGCGGAGCGCGCGGGGGCUCUGCUGGAGCACGUGGUCGCCGCCUACCCGCAGCGCGUCGACGUCACCUCACUAUACGUCGACAUGCUGCUCAAGAGUAAUGACAUAGAACGAGUCAGGCAACUUAUGGAACGAAUGACGUCACAGAAACUGCCAGCGCGCAAAAUGAAAGUACUCUUCAAGAAAUGGAUUGAGGUUGAAGAGAAAAUUGGCAACCAACAGCAAGUCGACAACAUCAGGAAACGCGCUUUGGAAUUUAUAGAGAAAGCGCAGUUCUAAAAUAAAAAAAAAUGACAACACUUUUUUGUGGUUUUAUUAC